UGUCUGUGUCGCAACAGACCGAGGAGGACUCGGAGUCGAAACGAGACGCCGCGGCGGCAACACGACGACGACGACAUAUAAAUAAAUAAAUCAGGCGCCGCGCGCGGCAGCUUACAAGCACGGCAACCGACGCCUAGCUUGUUUCCUCUCCGGCGACUCGACCUCGAUGUCGUCGACGACGACGACGAUGGAAGACAAGCGUUUCACGAAGCACGGGUUCCCGAAAGGCUUCCGCUUCGUGCCCACGCAACUGGAGCUCAUCACCAUCCUCUCCCACAAGAUCAACGGCCGGCGGCUCCAUCCCAAGGUGGCUGGCAUCUUCCACGAGCUCACCAUCCUCGACCACCACCCCAAGGACCUCCACGACAUGUACGAGCGCGACAAGGAGCACCGCUACAUCUACUUCUUCAGCAGGCGGCAGUUCCAGAAGACGGCCGGCGGCGGUGGUCCGGUUCAUAAAAAGAGGCAGCGGGGAGCCGCCGGCGCCGGCCAAGACGAGGACGACAACGAGCCGCGGCCGGUGCGGUUGGCCAGAGGCGGCGGGUGGAAGCCCUCGGGCGGCGGCCAUGUGCUGCAUUGGCCAAAAGACAAGGGCGGCUUCGUCGCCGGGAAGAUGGUGACCAUGGUGUUCUACGAUCAUCGUAAUAACGGCCAGCAAGUCAAGAGCCAUUGGGGCAUGCACGAGUUCACCGUCCCCGUACACCAGCAACUGCUUUCCGAGCCUACAAAGACCACUCAUUUGCACAACCUGGCCUUGUACCGCCUCUACAGACUCAAGGGCGACGACAUGAAAAGCGACGACGGGGCCGGGAGCAACCAGACGCUGGCGAACGUCUCUGCUGCUCACGGCCACUUCUCGGCGCCGUGUCCAGCAGGCCAGCCGUCGUCCGGGAUCUUGACCGGCCGGAACCAACCACUCGCCACCGGCGCCACGACCUCACGGAUGCCGCCGCCGCCGCAACUCCAGCAGCAGCAGCAUCACAUACCCAACGUUGGGCAUUCUCAGUACUACCAUCAUCAUCAGUACGCGUUUGGUGCCGCGCCGGCCAGAUCAGCCCACCAGCAGGUUCACACCAUGGCCAUGCCGCCGCCGGCGUACGGCACCGGAAUGCCCGGUCGUCAUCAGCUGUUGCAGUUCGCGAGACCGCCCAGCACUGGGUUGCCCGGUCGUCAGUCAUUCCAACAAUUCGCAAGACCGCCGGCGCCGUCGCAGAUGCCGGUGCCGCCAGCCGCCGCGAGCCCAGCGUCGCACCAGCAGGCUCCCGCGAAGCCGGCGACGUACUGUGGCGCUGGGCAAAAAGCCAGUCACUCCGGGGCCACGCGCUCGCUGCCUUGGGCGGCAGUGUCCACGCCGCCGCCAGCAGCCGAGAGCCCGUCGGCGGAAGAGCUGGCGCCUUUGACGGCGACGCACGGCGGCGCUGGGCAAGAAGCCAGCGGUAACUUGGGGGCCACGCGCUCUUGGCAAGACGCCACCGCCACGGCGGAGACAGACUGCGUUAAGCUAGAGGACAAGGAGAUCGAGGAUAGCAUUCCGGCGGACAACUACGACGGGAUCGGGAUGCCGGACUAUGAUCUCGACUUGGGGUGGAUGCUUGAAGACAGAUUCCUCUUCACAAUGGAUGAUCUGUGCCCAACGUCCGACGAACCGCCGCCGACGCAGCAGGGAGACAGCAAUUAAGGCGGAAUAUUACUAGCUAGCUAGCUGUAGAGACGCAUCUUUCAGUCCACUCUUGAUUCUUUUUAUAGGAACAGUCUACUGAAGAUUUUACUGUUGCUUACUACUCCUAUAUAUAUACUCGAUUGUGUCUACGACAACUAGUUCUGGGUUAUUUUCUUGUUUGGAUUGGAUUAUUCCAAGCCUAAA